CUGAUGUUGAAACAUUGAUUGUGCAGAUAUACGUGAAUUAGGAUAUUUCAAAUGGCAAACAAACCAACAAGAUUGCCUCCAUUACCAAGACUAAAGGUCAGAAAGCCUCUUGCUCAGGUGAAAGAACCUAAUAAGUGUAUUGUUAUGAUGUCUGCAUUGCUAAAUUGUUGGGCAUCUAAUGGUGAAGGGUCGACGGUUUGCAGUUCUUUGCAAACUGAUUUGACGUCUUGUAUGGAGACAUAUAAACCACCAGCUCCAGUUAAAUCACCUAUCAAUUAUCACGCAGGUCGUUUAUAUCCCAAAAUCAGUGGUUAUUACAAAGGAUAGAUACUUUGAAUGAAUGUUCAUUUUGUGUAUAUAACAUUUUUGUAUAUAGCAUUUGCUAUUGGCUAUUUCAAAUGGGAUGACAGUGAGUUUUUAUUUUUCUUUACUAAUGAUAAUUUUAUUAUAUUCAAUGCUAUUUAUAUUCAAUUUCCUAACGAAAC